AGAUUAGGCGGUUUAGUAGGCCGGAUACUGAUGGUGAAUGUAAUAUCCCUGAGUUUUAAAACCAAUUAGUAUUUAAUUGAGAGAAUCCUUAAAAGUGUUAAGGAGAAAUAGUUGCCUAUGAAUAAUUGGAAUUAUAGGUUUGAUGGCAUGUUAGUAAAUAUAUAGAACAUUAAGGUUAUGUAUAUGAUGGGGUGGUCAAAUUUGAGGGUAGUUUAAUAACUUGACUUGCUUUCAUCUUCUCUUUCUCGGAGAACCGACACAUUUCAUUUUUCAUUCUUUUUCUAGAACACAAGUGCAUGGAGAAAUCUCAAAAAAAAAAAAAAAAUCAAAUUCUUUUGUUAGAUUGGAAGGAUGCCAAACUAAGAAAAUGGAACUCUUUCUCUCUUCUUUUACCCCUCGGUCACCAAACCUAAUUUUCCAAUAUACCCAAAUCUCAUUCCAAUCCAUUCCCCAUUGGUUAGAAGUACUGCAUGUGUAUUUUCGUCACAAAAUCAUUGUUUGGGCUGAUAGAGAGCUAAGGUUGGUGUGAAAAGAAGAGCAAGAAGCAAAAGACAAGAGGAUUAGGAGAAUUUUGAGAGAUUGUGAAGCUUCCACCAAGUUCAUCUUCUAAUCAAAGAAAUAGUUUGCACCUGGUGACCUAGGAGUCGGAUUGGGUACGCUACUUAUCAAAUUAGUAAAUGGCAUCAAGCUUGCAGAAGAUUGAAGGGGACGAGUCCGUCCUUUUGCGUGUUACUCAUUCUAAUCUCACAACUUUCAACCCCGACAUUCGCUUCUCCCUUCAGCUCACAGUGGAAGCAGUGAAGGACAAGCUGUGGAGAAAAUGUGGUACAUCUGUCAACUCAAUGCACCUUGAACUAUAUGACGAUGCUCGCAACAAAAUUGCCGAUCUCUCUGAUAAUUCCAAACUACUUGGAUUCUAUUCUCCCUUUGAUGGGUUUCGUUUGCAUAUCAUUGAUCUAGAUCCAGCAUCUGUCACAUCUGGUGGAUGGCUGGAAGAUACAUCAUUGGUGGAGAAAUACGAAAUUUCUGAAGAAGCCUAUAAUAAGCGAGGAGCAGAUACUUUCAGAAAAUAUAGGGAGAAAUUGACGUCUCAAGUUCCAUCGACUGUUGAGGCAAAGACACCUGACACCAACAUGGAAGACCUCUGGGCUAAUAUCAAGGUAGGAUCAAGAUGUGAAGUUGAACCUGGGGGAAAAAGAGGUGUUGUAAAAUUUAUUGGUCAGGCAGAACCACUGGGUCCUGGUUUCUGGGUUGGAGUUCAAUAUGAUGAACCCUUGGGCAAACACGAUGGCAUGGUCAAAGGAGUACGUUACUUUCAAUGCCCACCAUCUCACGGGGGAAUAGUUAGGCCGGACAAAGUGAAGGUUGGCGACUACCCUGAACGAGAUCCCUUUGAAGAGGAUGAAAUUUGAGUCUUAACAAGGAAGCUGCUUUUAGAUGUGAGGAUUUUUUCUCUGUUUUUUCCGUUGUAGAAUUCCAAAAUUAAUUUGGGAAAUUUAUACUUGUCGGCCGGCCUUUCAAGGCAAUAGAUAUCUGAAGUCAAACAAAGAUAGUUCAGUUGCGGUUUUUUACUAUUUGUAUUACCUUUGUGUAGGAAAAAAAUGUGGCAAAAAAAUUGCAGAGUUUUUUAUUUCAAAGGAGUUGGUUGCUUUUAUGCCCCAACAAUUUCAAAAAACACCCGAUUAUGUCCGAA